CGUCCCCCAGCCCCGGGCAGGGCCAUGCGGUCGGUGAGCUACGUGCAGCGCGUGGCGCUGGACUUUACCGGGAGCCUGUUCCCACACGCCAUCUGCCUCGGGGACGUCGACAACGACGCCACAUAGACAGCAUUGAAGGGCUCGCUAGCGUGCAGUAGGAUCCCAUUCUCACAGUCCUUUCUCUCCUCUUGAAGUUAAACGAGCUGGUGGUGGGAGAGACCAGCGGGAAGCUAUCUGUGUACAAGAGCGAUGACAGCCGGCCAUGGCUCACCUGCACCUGCCAAGGAAUGUUGACUUGUGUUGGGGUUGGAGAUGUAUGCAGCAAAGGAAAGAACUUGGUGGUGGCAGUCAGCGCUGAAGGCUGGUUUCACUUGUUUGACCUGACGCCCACCAAGGUCCUGGGUGCUUCUGGGCACCAUGACACAUUCGUGGGAGAGGAGCAGCGUCCGGUCUUCAAGCAGCACAUCCCCGCCAACACCAAGGUCAUGCUGAUCAGUGACAUCGAUGGAGAUGGCUGUUGUGAACUGGUGGUGGGAUACACAGACCGUGUGGUGAGGGCCUUCCGCUGGGAGGAGACGGCGGAGGGCACAGAUCACCUGACAGGGCAGCUGGUCUCCCUCAAGAAGUGGAUGCUGGAGGGUCAGGUGGACAGUCUCUCAGUGACCCCGGGGCCGCUGGGCAGGCCUGAGUUGGUGGUGUCUCAGCCAGGAUGUGCUUAUGCUGUUCUCUUGUGCGCCUGGAACAAGGACGCUGGCCCCCCUCCUGCCUCUGAGGAGGCCACGGCGGGCAGCAGGGAAAGCCCAGCUGCCCGAGACGUGGUGCUCCACCAGACGUCCGGGAGGAUCCACAACAAGAACGUGUCCACUCACCUCAUUGGCAACAUCAAGCAAGGCCACAGCCCUGAGAGUGGUGGCUCGGGCCUCUUUGCCCUGUGCACGCUGGAUGGGACCCUGAAGCUUAUGGAGGAAGCGGACAAGCUGCUAUGGUCGGUGCAGGUGGAUCACCAACUGUUUGCUCUGGAGAAGUUAGAUGUCACGGGCAAUGGACACGAAGAGGUGGUUGCAUGUGCCUGGGACGGACAAACCUACAUUAUCGAUCACAACCGCACUGUUGUCCGCUUCCAAGUGGAUGAAAAUAUCCGCGCCUUCUGUGCAGGCCUGUAUGCCUGCAAAGAGGGCCGCAACAGCCCCUGCCUCGUGUACGUCACUUUCAACCAGAAAAUCUACGUGUACUGGGAGGUGCAGCUGGAGCGGAUGGAGUCCACGAACCUGCUGAAACUGCUGCAGGACGAGCCGGAGUACCGCAGCCUGCUGCAGGAGCUGGGCGUGGAUCCUGAUGAUCUCCCUGCAGCCCGUGCCCUGCUGCAUCAGACGCUCUACCAUCCGGAUCAGCCGCCACACUGUGCUCCCUUGAGCCUCCAGGACCCCACCUAGCUGGGCUCGGCUCCUUAGCUGGUGAAGGAUCCUUCUCAGCCCUCUCCCUACCCUGCGGGACUCAGGCUCUUGGCAAGACAGGGAAUGUCCAUUAGAGAGGCAGGGCUUAAUUCUGAGUGUACAGGUGUGGUGGUGACCCUUGGGUGACCAUGAUCUUACAGACCUCGAGUCUUGGGUGAAUGAAGAGAUUAGUUGACCCUCUGCCCAUUGCCUCAUGGACCUUACUGGGCUCACAAGGUUCAAGCCGUACUGCUGAUCACCCAGGCCCUAUGCCUUGCCUAUCACUUGGUUGUGGAACAAGUGACAGAUGUUUUGCAUAUGGCCCAGCUCCUGUAAGCAGACCAGGCUUCAGGCAUGAGGGAGCCUCAGAGGUAAGGGCUCCCCGCAUGCUGAAUGCCCUCUUCCCCCUACCAUGCCUGGCCAUUGACACGGUAAUUAUUUCAGGAACAGAAUGCCAGCUGUACUUAAGGCUUAGAGAAACUUUCUUAGAUUAAGAGAAGGAAAGAUGAGAAAGUGGAGAGAGCUGCCUGUCAGAAGGUGGAAGAAGGUAAAGCCCCCAAAAGAUUUUCUUAACAUUUUAGUUCAUGUACUUAAGACAGGGAGAAUGGACACACCAGGACCUCCAGCCACUGCAAACGGGCUCCAGAGGCACGCGCCCCUACUGAGUGCUAAGAUUACAGGCAAGGACUGCCACACCCAGCUUAAUACAGUGCUGGGAAUCAAACUCUGGGCUUUGUGUGUGCUAGGUAAGCCCUGUUCCUACUGAGCUGCCUGCCCUGACUUUUAUUUUCUUUAUUAUUAUUUUCUUUAUUUUUAUUUUUAUUUUUAUUUGGGGGGGGUUCAAGGUAGGGCCUCACUGUGGCCCAGGCUGACCUGGGAUUCACUAUGUAGUUUCAGAGUGGCUAUUAUUUUUUUAUUUUUUUGGCUUUUGCAGGGUAAGGUCUCACUCUAGUCCAGGAUAACUUGGAACUGACCCUGUAGCCCCAGUCUGGCCUCAAACUCAGUGAUCCUUCUAUCUCUGUGUUCCAAGUGAUAGGACAGCCCUGAUAUUUGGAAAACAAAUUUUAUAAUGUGUUUUGAUCAUAUGUCCUGCCCAUUAUACUUUCUUGUGCCCCUAAAGAAGUAUUUUUCAAGCUAUAGGUGGGAAUCUUUUGAUGGAAUAUAGCCAGGAAAUUUUAAAUAAGUUAAGUAGAAUAAGGUAGAAAAUGUCAGAGGCCAUUGCAUAGUGUAGGUAAGUAAUAUUUUGUCAUCAUUGCAUGUGUACAUGUGUAGCAAGUACGAUAUGAAAUGAAUCCCACAACUCUUUGCUGUCCGUGAUACUUCAGUCAGAGGCUCUGCUUGGGGAACGACCUCCAUUCACACUUCCUUCCUCUUAACGGACUGAAUGGUUGAGGUACUAAGAACUCGGAGAAGGAGGAGCAGGAGGGAGGAUCAGAGAAGCACUUGCCUUAGAGAAACAAGUCUUUAUUCCAAUGAAAAAGCGGACUGGGUGCCUGCCUGCCCCCAAUUCCAUGGUUACAGAAGCAGCAGAAGGCUGGUUGGGGAGGAACAGGUUCCAAGCAGGGCCGUAAGGAAAAGGGAGUCUUGGGUUGAGACCAGGUACAUGGCACAUGUGAAAGUGAGCCCCCCACCCCUCCUUUUGAGGAAAUUGAGCCCACGGGCUUUGUAGCCUGGUUUUGCUCUUAACUUACCCACAGGUUCAGAAGUUAGUUUCCACCUAAGGAAUCUGUUCAUUCGGUUCUGGUUUGUCCCACCACUGUCUCUGUCCACUCCUACAUGGUUUUGAGAGUCAGACCAGCCCACAGGACCUUGGCCUGGGAAGGUUUGGAUUCUUCUCUUCACAAGGAAGGAAGUCAGGGAGUCUGGGGUCCCAGGCUGAUAGGGAGCUCAGAAACCACUGCUUCUGGGACAAGACAAACUCAAGCUCAGAAGAGCAGAGGUGGAGAGUUCCAGAAAUAAUAAAGAACAGCUUCUCCCUCUAGUCCCUCUUCUAGGGGCAGUUCUCCAUGGGCUGUUCCACACUCCCCCAGAGUUCAGGGGCCCAGCUGACUCAAAUGUUUGCUGCACAGGAAAGGUGACAGCUAAGAGCCCUGAGCGCAGUGGCUGGACCUUCCUGUAUGAACCCCCCUUGGCUGCCCUGCGUGCGUUACCCCAUUUGCUACCCCAGCUGCUCAGCUAGGGCAGCAUGUGCAGAGUCAGGACAGGAUACAGGCUGUGUGAGGAUAAUGAGUCCAGGCGAGAGGUGGGAGAGCUGGGUGAGGCCUGAGAGGAGUGCUCAGUGUGACUUGGGGCAGGUGAAGACAGCAGGUAACUGCAACCUUUGGCUCCCAGGGCCAGGGUUAGCCUGGAGCCCGUUCAGCGAGGGUCCCUGUCUGCAACCGUGACGACUGCCUGUGCUCCUCUUGGGAGGGAUGCGGGAGGGAACCCAGGACCUCAGAGCCACGAACCCAUGCAGUGGGAAGUCUUGAGGGUGGUGAGAGAGGUGCUGACACCGAAGUCCCCGGCUUCCCUGCCCAGGGAGUGCCGCCCUCCACAUCAUCCUUCCCUAAGGCAAGUGGUCACUGGCCAGGCUCUUGGUACAGAGGCAGGAAGGGCAGCUCCGAGAAGGGGGCUUUCAGCCGCAGCACUCCACGGUCCAGGUCGAUGCAGCACUGCAGUGAAGUCCAGGGUGAACCUUCCCCCCUGGCAGCCCGCCCUGCUCCCUCACUUCCUCCUGCUGCUGUCCCCAGCACUGCUGGCAGGGCGGGACCCGCUGCCUUGAUGGUCCUUUCUGGGGAACCUAGAACCAAAUCUGACAACUCCAAGUCUUGCUCUUUAACCUCUGCCUCUUUCUCCCAGCAGUUUGGGUCAGGCCCGAGCAGGGCACCUUACCUUGAGGGACAGCAGGGUCUGCAGUCCCAGGCAGAAUUCAGGGCCGUCCGCAUCUGUAGGAGCCAUUGGGAAACGGGUUGUAUCCAGGGUCCCUGCCUCCUCCCUCCUGGCACUCGCUGCCCCGCCCAGCCCACGUCCCCGGGUUAAGAAUAUCAGCAUAGAGUUGAGAUAAUCCACAUCUUUGGCGACACCUUGGGCUGGCAGGGUCUGAGAGCCUCUGCCUUUGCCCCACCCGGAAGAGAAAGGCAGGAGGCCGGGCUGCUGAUGUUGGGAGACUCACCCACCACGUGGGCUGAGCACGCCACGGUCUCCUGUCCCAGCUGCAGCUCCAACUGCUCCACCUGGCUUGGGGGCCCAGGUGCCAGGUCCCCACUUGGGGUUUGUGGGGCCCUCUUUCCUAGCCUGUGGGAGGAAAGCAAGGGCUGUAGCCCCCACAGUCCACUCCCAGUCCACCACACUGCGUCAGCUGGCACUGUCCUCUUCCCAUCCACACGAAGCGAGCCUAAACCCUGUACUUCCCUGCCAGGGCCACCCAGCCCACCUUCCCCCUUCAAAAAUAAACUGCUAUACUGGAUACGUUU